AUGCCCCGCGAUGCCCAGAACGCCCAGGACGCCCAAAUCUUGAGGAAUCUUCCCCCGCACGUGGCAAUGACCACAAACGGCCUUCCGGAUGAAGGUUUCGGGCGGAAGGAUAAAUGGGAAGUGUAUGGGAAUGCAUCAUGCAAUGGUCUCAACUUGAGUGCCGAUGAUGGUGCUUGGGGGUAUAAAGGUCGUCGUCGUUGUCGUGAAUGGGUCGUCAAUGCUUGGCCCUUUUUGCGCAACCGGAAGCGCCAGUUGAUCGCUCUC